AUGUCUAUUCCCAUUACCAGCACUGAUCUACUGCAACAUGCACUGCCUGAUAUCAAUAUUGGACCGAACUUUACGCGAUCGAAUGCUAUUCACGAUAUUCGAUACGUCGGACCCCUACGUCGUUGGGCGACCUUUAAUAAUGAGGUCACUGCGACAUUUCAAAAUACGAAUUGGAGCCCAGUCCCUCUCUCGUCAAGUCUCGUCAAUUUUCCUACCCUUGGACCACUAGCAAACGAGCAUAUUCGAUGCGGUGAUGAGACAGGAUUACAGGGGCGUUUUGACGAACGUGUAGGACAAGCUUUGGGCGCUGUAUUCGAUGUCAAUCAUAUUGAUUUGGUGUUCGGCGACUUUAAAUGCACGACAAACGCGCUGAAAUACCGAAAAACACCCGAUGUCAUGAUUAUGCGACCUAAUGGCAGUUCUCAUGUCGUUGGUGAGAUGAAGACGUUUUGGGUGUACGACCACCAGUUGGAGAGAAUUGUUUCGCAAUUCGACCUUGGUGAGGACAAAUUGCUUCGCCAAGUCUUAGGACAAAUUGCCCAGUACAUGGAAGACUUGGAUCUCAAGUUCGGGUUUAUAAGCAAUUACAAUGAGACUCUGUUUUUACGUCAGGUCCUUUUUGGUAGAAUUAGGGGCUUGGAAUUCUCUCCUUUGAUCUACCAUGAUGAUGUGUAUACCGGGCAAGGGGAUGUUACUCUCCGUCAGGGGAUGAUGCACUUGGCCCUGUGCUCACUCGUAAACCCUCGCCCUGACACUGGGUUGCGAGGUGUUUGGACUGUUGAUACCUAG